AUGCAAUUCUCUACUUUCGCUACCUUGUCUGCUUUGACCGCUACCGCUUUGGCUGGUUACUCCAACGUCACCACCGUCACCACUGACGUUACCGUGACUGGUUACACCACCUACUGUCCAGCCUCCACCGAGGUUACCGUGACUGUCUGUAACGACGUCUGCAAGCCAACCGUCAUCACCGUUUCCGAGGAGACCACCUUGACCAUCUCCGAGAAGUGUGUUGUCCCAACCACCUACACCACUGCUUACCACACCGUCACCGAGACCGAGUCUUGUGAGGAGUGCCACAAGACCACUGCCAAGUCUACCGUUGCUGGUCAGUCUACUGCUGCUUCUACUGCUGCUUCCGUCUCUUCUUUCGAGGCCGGUGCUGCUAGAAACGUCUUCGGUGCCGCUGCUGGUGUCGCUGCCGUUGCUGCUGCUUUGUUCUAA